AUGGUCGAUUCAAUUUCACCAAGCAUUGGCAGCGAUCUCAGAAACAGCCUAAAGUCAAAGUUCGACGCAACCUACGAGGAAUACACUCAUGCUGACGAAAACCAAAAGCUAUUAUAUUCUAAGUUCUUUUUGACGUUCUUUUUCAAUAAAGUUGACAAAAUAGAGCCAGAAGACAUUGUUGGCCUAAGAAAAGUCAUAUCUUCAAUGGCAAGCAAUUCCAAGGACAACCUAUCGCAUGGAUACCAAAAACUAUUUACUUUGGUCAGACAAAGUAUCAUUAACAUUAGAAAUUAGUCUUGGGUCUCCCCUAUUGGUAACGCAGUCACCAAGGACCCCAAAGGGUUCACCUGCUUUGCGGCGUAGUCCAAAACAUGCCAUAAAGGUAUGCCAUCAGGACAUACGCCUACUCCUUCCCACAGCGAACUGCGGCUCAAGUGUUGAUUGGGCGGGCUAUGGACUUCUGCGGCUUGCUGCUUGAGUACGAGGCUGUCCACUCAAAAAUCCCAAAAAAUGGAAUUUCUGGUGUCCUUUCGGCAAAAGGGAAAAGUUCGUCGCCUGGGGCGUAACUCCCAGUUCACGCUAGACAGCUGCCCGAUUGGUCUAGCUAUUCCCUGUAGACUUAGCUGGGCUUGUCCUUUCCAACUCCGCACUUCUCCCUUCCCUCGAGGUAAAAUCUAAUCCCAAAGUUGACUAAGGCCUAGGCUCUGAACACAACCAGAAUUGCUUACCUAGCAUUGCCGUCCUUUCAGGGUUAGCAAAAUCUUGCCGGAGGUCAGACAAAGUAUCAAAAAAUCAGUACGACCUUUUCAUUGCAAAUGCAAAAAUAUCUGAAGAAAACAAAGGAGAGGAGGCAGAAAAACUUGUUCAGGAUGGAGAAAAUGCGUUACAAGAUCCCAUUAAAUUUCUUAAGUCCAUCGAAAAGUGGUCAGAAGGCAUCAGAAUGCUAGAAGAAGUAGAUAUUUCCUGCCAAGAACUAAAACAUUAUCUUUAUAUCAACUUAGCAUGCCUAAAUGUGGCUCCUGACGAUCUUAAGAAGACAUCUGAGUUGUUAAAGCAUUUAAAACCUUUUGUAAAGUUCCUAGAAGACCUGGGUACGAAAGAUAUCAUUACAACUCCAACCAGAAAUUUGGUUUCUACUAUAAAUAAUUAUGAGCUCUACAGAAAAAUCCAAGAUGCCUCUAUUGGAGGUCUAGACACUGAAGCAUUAUUCAAGCGUGUUAGCUCUUUAAAUGAAGAAGAUAUAAAGGAGUCUAUAAGAACCGUUCAGUUCUAUGAUUAUUCGCAUUGCGAUUUAGGUGAUACAAUCAGAGACAAAGUGUCUAAAUAUUCAGGAGAAGAACUAAAAGGAGAAAUCCAAACCACAACAGAUCAAGAAGAAUUAGACGAGGAAACAAAAGAUAAUGUGGGAGAACUAGGGGCACAGGAAACUGCAGAUAACGCUAUUGACAAUCUUAGUACUGUUUGUCCUGAAGCUGAUUCUUUCAGGCUUGGAGAUCUAGAAAUAAACAGCUGGGAUCAAUUAUCAAUUGAUUCCCAAAUCAUCCCUCCUAGAGAUAAAGGCAACAAUGUGAUCAUGAAUGUCGAAAAAGUUGUUUAUAAUGAUGAAAUACUUGUAGCAAAGUCUCAUACAUUCCCUUCUGAUUUUACAAAAAUAAAAAGAUUCGAAAAUGAAGCAAAAAUAAUGGCAAGUGCUUCAGAAUCUGGGUCAAGUAAUUUCUUAAGAGUUUAUGGAGCUUUUCACGACGUGGUAAACCAUAGAAAAAAGUUUACAGUGGUAAUGGAAUAUUGUGAAGGGGUUCUCACUAAUGAAAUCAGAGAAAGAAAAUAUUCUCAUAAUAAAUAUUCUGAAGAAGAACUGCAAAUGUUUGCAAUAAGCAUGAUCAAUGCUUGCUCUAUAUUGGCAGAUAUGAAAAUCUAUCACCGUGAUAUAAAGCCUGAUAACAUUUUUAUUAAAAUAGAAGAUGAUACAAAGAUUUAUAAGCUUGGGGAUUUUGAUGUCUCAUUCACCUCAGAAACUACUUCAACAGAAAAAACGGUAUCAGCUGGAGUAACAGGGACACCAGAUUAUUUAGCCCCUGAACUAUUUAAUUUAUAUUUAGAGUCUCUAAGACUGCCAACGCACAGGAGAGCAGAAUUUGCAAUGAGAGCAAGAUUAAGGAUGAGCAAGGCAGAUGUUUACUCUCUUGGCCUGACAAUUCUUGAGAUGGCUACCUUAUCAAGUCCUGGAGGUCAUAAUUCGUGUGAUCAAGAGGAAAUAGACAAUUAUGUAAAAGCAAAAGUUGAGAUUCCUUGGGUUAAGGAGCUUUUACUAUAUAUGCUCAAAGUUAGCUACCAGGAAAGACCAGAUUUCAGAAUGUUGAGAGAGCGGUUUGGAAAUGAUGCGCCUCAAGCAACAAUAAUAUAA